AUGUUUACGUCUUCCGCGAUUGGGAAAAGAAAAUCAAUUGGAACUGGUAGCCUUCAUGAUAAUUGUAAAAGAAGGAAGUCGGGUGCAUCUCCAUUGAAGGAUGAGAUUAAGCUUAUCCUAAAUUCAAUGUCUUCGAUUGCUGCAUUGUAUUCUGCAUCAUCUGGAUCUUCCAUUGAAGAGUGCAUGGCAAUGGUACACAGUAUGGAAGGAAUAGCAAAGGGAAGUCCAUUUUAUUGUUAUGUGUGCAACUUUCUUUGUAACAGAGAUGCACGUACGGUCUUUGUUUUGGUUAAAGAUGCAACAGUACGAUUGAAAUGGCUUGUGUAUAAUUAUGAAAUUUGGCGUUCAAAAAAUCCUGGGAUGCCAUGA